AAAUAAAUAAAACGGUAGCGCUUUCGACUAAGAAAGAAACAUGAAUGAGGACUGCUCUGCCUCUGGAUUAAGACUUCUAAUUCAUCAAGAGUAUCUGGGAGGAGAAGUCUGGAGUUAAAAGUCAGAUGAGAAUUGGUAAAGGAGUUUGGAAAUGGAUAAAAGCUGUAAUGGCCAACAUACGAGAUCUUUAACUUCACAGUUCAGAGAAUCUACAUACAGAGCCUUAACUUUACUGCGGAGGAAGGCGAAACAGCGUCAGAUAGCGGAGCUAGAAGCGAAGGAGGCUUGUGAUUGGCUGAGAGCAGCAGGGUUUCCUCAGUAUGCUCAGUUGUAUGAAGCCUCUCUGUUUCCCAUCGAGAUCUCUGCUGUGAGGAGAGACCAUGAGUUUCUGGAUCAGGACUCACUCAAGGCACUGUGCAGGAGGCUAACAACACUGAACAAAUGUGCUGCGAUGAGCUUAGAGAUUCAUUUCCAGUGUAAACAGCAGAGUGAGGACUCUGAGGAGGAUGACGCAUGUGCUCUUAGCUCCCGCUGGGCGUUUCAGCGUGAAAGUAAAACCUGGUCCCGUCUCCGCACCCUCUCGCCCUCCCCUGUCACACCUGGGAACAGGGCUUCAACUUUAAGACCUUCAGGGAGUAGUGAUAGCGUUCUGAGUGAUAUCAGUCUCCUAGAAGUCACCUCACUGACCUCUGACCUCAGCGCCAGCAGCUUGAGCUUGGAAACAACUUCUCCAGAGGUUGCGACAUUCAGUAAGGCUGCAGUGGGUGAGGGCUCGUCGUCAAUUUGUGUCUCAACCAGCCAAGAUGAGAACGAUGAAGCUGCAUCCUCAUCCUCAUCUUCAUUACCGUCUGUAAGAGAUAAGGCAAAGCGGCCUUCUAGAUCGUUCUUACGGAGGAGAGAGUCAAUGAAGAAGAGGGAUCAUGAGAAAGAGACUCCAACAAGCAAUUCAAUGGUUACUCAACACCAUCAACCCUCAGAUCUGCAGUGCACAUCGGAUGUAAGUUUGCCUGGACAAACCACAAGCAAGUGCAAAAUUGCCAAAGAUAACACGUGGAAGUCACAUACAAUACACCGCAGUAAUGUGAGCCAGAAAGCUUCUCUGCACCAGCCUCACAGAGCAUGCCUUUACCUGGAGGACUACCAGUUAGCUUGGGAGAAGCCCGAGUUAACCAAUCACAUCAGCCAUCUGAGGAAAGAGGAUCGUGUGGUCCACCUCCCCUUUGAUCACAAGCCUGGAACUUUCCCCAAAUCUUUGUCAAUCGAGAGUCUCUAUCCAGUCUCCAUUUCUCAAAGUCCAGACCAUAAUGACUGGCCUGGAGAAGAUGGAGACUUUUCAUUGGAUGGAAGCAUCAGUCGCAGUGGCUUACAAGACUUUCUCAGGUCUGGUUUUGGAAAAAGGAGGAAUUCAAUCAGCUCAAUUGGAAGCAUUUACGACAACAUUCCAGAGGUGCCGGGGAGUCCAUGUGACACAUUCGACCCUGCAAAAGAGAAAACCUUUCAGCAUCUCGAUGACAUUUUAAAGCACGUACAUGGGCUACAGCACAAUAUUGACGAAUGGUCACGCUCUCUCGACCUUCAGAAACAUGACCAAUCAGAUGUAGACACUGAGUCCAUGGAAGACAUAACAUUACCUAGCAGCCUGAACUUCGAUGAGCGAUCCAUGUCGGAAGUUGGGACAACAGCAAGCGAUUAUGACAGCGCAGGAAACUCUGUGAAUGAAGGAGAAGGGGGAAUGAGAGAAAGGAGGGACUCCGGGGUGGGUGCAUCUCUUACAAGACCCAGCAGAAAGUUGCGUUGGCACAGUUUCCAGAACUCUCAUCGGCCGAGCGUGACCUCUGCUUCUUUAGAGAUCAACAGGCAAUCGGCUGCCCAGCUCAACCUGCUGCAGAAGUUCAGUCUCUUACGACUCACUGCCAUCCUGGAGAAACACACAGACACUAGCAAACACAGCUGGAACUGGGUUGUUCCGAAGUUUAUGAAGCGCUCGAAAGUUCCAGAUUACAAAGAUAAACACGUGUUUGGAGUUCCACCAAUUGUAAACGUCCAGCGAACUGGUCAGCCCCUCCCACAGAGCAUCCAGCAGGCAAUGAGAUACCUACGCAGCCAGUGUCUAGAGAAGGUCGGAAUAUUCCGGAAAUCUGGGGUUAAAUCCCGCAUCCAGACCCUCCGACAGCUCAAUGAGAAUUCCCCUGAUCAUGUGACCUACCAGGGCCAAUCAGCUUACGAUGUGGCUGACCUGAUUAAACAGUACUUUAGGGAUCUGCCUGAACCUGUGCUCACCUCAAAACUUACAGACACCUUCUUGGAUAUAUACCAGUUCAUUCCAGCAGAACAGCGUUUACAGGCAGUGCAGGCAGCCGUGAUCUUGCUACCAGAUGAGAACAGAGAGGUCCUGCAGACUCUGCUGUAUUUCCUCAGUGACAUUGCAUGUGCACAGGAGAACCAGAUGACUGCAGAGAGUCUGGCUGUCUGUCUCGCCCCCUCCAUACUGCAUCUGAAUGCCUCUAAGAAAGAUGGGGCUUCACCAAGGCUCAUGAGCAGGAAGGGUGUUGCCAAGCCAGACCACAAGGACUUGAGUGAGAACAUGGCUGCCACACAAUGCCUUUGUCAUAUGAUCACAGAAUGCAAGAAGCUAUUCCAGAUCCCUCAUGAAAUGAUGCUGCAGUCGAGGAAUUCUUAUGUGGCGGCUGACGCACAGCCGCUACCUCUGCAUGGGCUCGGGGUCAACGCCCUGGGUGAGCCUGUGGAUUAUCAGGCGUAUUUGGAAGACAACAUUCAGUGUCUUCUCAGAGAGAUGUCUGAGCGGAGUAAGGGCUGGCACCAUGCCCACGGACCCGAUAACACUGAACUGGCUUAUAAAAAGGUAGGGGAUGGGCACCCGAUGCGUCUAUGGCGUGUUUCAGUCGAGAUAGAAGCCUCACCUGCAGUGGUGCUGCAGCGGGUUCUGCGAGAGCGCCACCUGUGGGAUGAAGAUCUUCUGCACAGUCGAGUCCUCGAAACUUUGGAGAACAACACAGAAGUCCUCCAUUACAUCACGGACAGCAUGGCUCCCCAUCCUCGCAGAAACUUCAUAGUGCUUCGACGAUGGUGUAGUGAUCUUCCAAAGGGUGUGUGUGUUCUUGUGUCCUCAUCUGUUGACCAUGAUAAUGUGCAGCUGGAGGCUGGGUUACGGCCGGUGUUACUGACAUCCCGCAUCCUUAUUGAGCCAUGCAGAAUGGGGCGGUCCCGGCUUACACACUACUGCAGGGCUGAUCUGCGGGGUCGCUCUCCUGAUUGGUAUAAUAAAGUAUUCGGGCAUCUGUGUGCAAUGGAGAUUGCCAGAAUACGGAGUUCUUUCCCUGUUCUGUCACCACAUGGACCUGAGACCAAGCUCUGAAAUCUCUGAAACAGGACCCACCUGGGAUGAAUCUCUGACCAGUUUGACUCAUUGACUUGUAUGAGAGAGAGAGAGGGAUAGAGAAUGAGAAUGUAUGAGAGUUCAUAUGGAAGAACAGAAUGUAAGUGUAAGUUUGAGAAACAGGGUGGAAAAGUAAUUACAAUGAGCAGAGUACUAUGUUGAAUAGUAGGUGGAUGCAAAGGACCCACUGGGGUUUUGAAAGCCAUGGAGGAUCAAUGUGGAAAAAGCUCAAACUCACAUUCAUAUUGUUAAUACUGCAUAUAAUCUUAUUCAGUGUGUCUGAGUUUUGUUUAAAUGUUUAUUAUCAGUGGUUAAGCAUUAUGUCUUAAUAGAGACCUGUUGUGCCUAAAAUUGUUUGUCUAAUCCAGUGUGGUCUGUCAGACACCUAAUUCGUUCUCAGGUUAAACGUAUAAAGAGUUCUUUGCAUUUUGACUUGCACAGAAAUGCUCAUGUGGCACAGAUGACUGGUCAGCUGGCUAAGAGAGGCAGCCAAUCACCAAAUAUUUUUAACAAUUUAGCUGUUGUAACCUUCCUGUGCACUUUUUAUUCUGUGCAUCAUCGGUCCACCAUGAGUGACAUCAUCAAAUUGAAUCAGUCUGAAGGUUUUCUACAUCUUUUUUUUUUUCUUUUUUUUUCGUGAUCUCAAACCAUUUCAUCCCUCUUACUACCCCUUUUUAUUAUUUAUUUGUGUCAAUCAUUUGUAUGUGGCAAACUUCAUUUGUGAAGUGUUAGUAACUAAACAUCUGCAUGGAAUCCAUGGGAAUGAUAUUCAAGAGACUUUGUUAGUACAGCUUUACUUUUCACUUGUGCAUUUUAUAUCCCCUAACGAAUAACAUUUUUGUGAUUUAUGAGAUGAUUCUCUUUCUGAUUGUUCAUCAAAACUGUAAGGUAUGGUUUUACAUUCAAGUCCUAAGUGCCUCUGAACAAAGAGAAGCUUGUGUAUGUGUCUAUUCGUCUUAUUAUUUGAUUAUCAUUAAAUCAGUGCUGUUCAUCAGGGCAUUAUGUAAGACCAGUAUUUUGUUUAUUUUCAAAAUAUAACAAUACUUAUAGUAUUGUAAAAGCAUGUAUACAUGUUCAUUUCCUAAUGUGGAAUAGCUUUAUUUGCUGUGACUCUAAAGUAAUGUUUAUUGUAUUAUUCCAGCAAGUCUUUAUGAGCAAUAACUCUGUGUUAAACACAGGUGCCAGAAACAGCUUCAGGUAAUCUUAAACUACCAAAUUUGUUUUCUUUAACAAUGUUGAUUGAUUUGAUUGUUUCAUUUGUUUCUUUAUAAAUCAUACUGUAUUCUCAUGAGAAUAAAG